AUGACAUCUACAUCUGGCAAUGCUAGCGACGCCGACUGGCGUCCCAAGGUGGUCAUAUUUGACCUCUUGACGGCUCUUCUGGACUCGUGGACUCUAUGGGACGCAUCGACACCAUCAGGCACAGAAGAGGAGGGCCGUCGGUGGCGCGCACGAUAUCUCGAAAUCACUUUUCGCCAAGGAGCAUAUACCCCAUAUGCCAGCCUCAUCAAGCAAGCUGCCACUGAGGCCGGGGUGGCGUCUUCGGCACCCGAGGCCUUGCUAGGCAACUGGUCCAGCCUUCAAGCGUGGCCAGAGACCUUUCACGUACUACAGCAGCUCAAGAUGCGAGGGUAUAAGCUCGGCGUCGUCACAAACUGUUCCAAGACACUCGGCAACAUGGCGGCAGUUCGAGCGGCCACGUCGGAAAGUGGCGAGCAGCUUGCCUUUGAUGCCGUCAUGACGGCCGAGGAAAGCGGCUUCUACAAACCCGUCAAGCAGGCGUAUGAUGCGAUUCUAGACGCCAUGGGGGUCAGCGCCAGCGAGGCACUGUUUGUGGCGGGGAGCGCAGGCGAUGUGCAAGGCGCGACGGAUGCGGGCAUGAAGGUAGUUUGGCACAACCAUGUCGGGCUGGCGGCGAGAGGCAGCGCAGUGCCAUUGCGAGAGAGCAAGUCGCUGAACGAGGCAUUGAAGGAAUUCCUUUAUUAG